AUCCUAAAGAAAUGGUAUUAACAAAUACUAAUUUGUUCUACAUAGAAAAGACAGACCCUCACGAGACUCUGAGUAGCACUACUCCUAAAAAUAAGGCAAAAAAGACUAGAGAAAGGAAUCCAAGAACCAAGUCUGUUUAUAUUUCUAAAUCACCUAAUGUUAUCUCUUUUGGAUCAAUUCAGACUAGGCCAACCCCAGAAAACUUAGCCAAAGGCACUCAGA